ACAAAAACAACCGAACAAAAAUACAGGAACGAAGCUUUACUUUACUUUUCCACUUUAUCUUAGGUUUUAUCUUUCGUCAUGGCGCUGGAUAAUGCGAACGCAACCCCUUCUUCUUCCUCCCUCCUACUGGAAAACCGGGUGGCGAUAGUCACAGGUGCAUCAGGUGGAAUCGGUGGUGCAAUCGCCCGUCACCUUGCCUCUCUCGGUGCAAAAUUAGUCCUCAGUUACUCCAGUAACUCAACCCAAACUGAUCUCCUUGCCACUGAACUCAACAACUCUUCAUCAUCAUCCUCACAGCCAAAAGCCAUAUCAAUCAAAGCCAAUGUUUCAGAUCCAGACCAAGUCAAAUCGUUAUUCGAUCACGCCGAGAAGGUUUUCAACUCGCAACCACAUAUCUUAGUUAACUCUGCCGGAGUAUUAGAUCCGAAAUACCCUACAAUCUCCAACACCAAGAUCGAAGAUUUUGAUCACAUAUUCAACAUAAACGCAAAAGGAGCGUUCUUAUGCGCCAGAGAAGCUGCUAACCGGUUGGUACGCGGUGGUGGUGGACGGAUUAUAUUGAUUUCAUCGUCUAUGGUUGGCGGAUUGAAACCUGGGUUCGGUGCUUAUGCUGCGUCGAAGGCGGCGGUGGAGACCAUGAUGAGAAUUCUUGCGAAAGAAUUGAAAGGGACUGGAAUUACAGCUAAUUGUGUUGCGCCUGGACCUAUUGCAACUGACAUGUUUUAUGCAGGGAAAGGAGAAGAGCAAAUUAAGAAUGUGAUUGCAGAAUGUCCGUUGAGUCGACUCGGUGAAACUAAAGAUGUUGCUCCUGUUGUUGGGUUUUUGGCUGGGGAUGCUAGUGAGUGGGUUAAUGGACAGGUUAUCCGUGUUAAUGGCGGAUAUGUUUAGAUCAGUCGGGAAGAAAUUUUUUCUACAUUCUAUGUUUUCUUUUGUUUGAUUUCUCCUCGCUAUUUGGCUACUAUAUGCAAUGGUUUAAAGUAUUUACAGUGGCAUCAGAAGCUGCCACAAUAAAAUCCUGUGUCUGAAAGGCAUCAAUUGUGCCGACAGAGCCAAAAAUGUGCAACAAUAAAUCUUGUGUUUACGUCCAAUUGCGAUUCAAUGAAAUUUUAUUGCAACUCA